ACUUAUCCGUUAAUCAAGGCCGAUGAAUUGUUAAGCUCUAGUUGUAAAAUAAACGUUUAUGUUUGUGAUAAUGUUGUAAAUUGCUGAUUCCGAUGAAUUUGGACGCUUUGCAUUCUACAAUGAGUGAUGAAUGUGUUUAAUGGCCUUAUAUCACGACCACCUCUUAAUUGUGAAUGUUGCCACAACCUUUACUAUAGAGAUCCGAACGUGUUAUUUCUUAAUAUUGUAGGUAUUCAAUGCUAAUAGUUUAUAUCUUCUUCUGCAAUAAAUAAUAUUAUAUAUCAACAAUUAUCAGCUAUUUUAAAAAUUACUUUGGUUUGUGAAUUAUUCUUCAACCUUAAUUCAUAGUAUAUUAUUUUAAAAAUGGCUGAUAAUGUGGAAUCUUAUGAAAAACUAUUCCCUGAAGAUGAAAAAGUAACUAAAACUAUUAAGAAAAAUGUUGAUGAACUGAAAACUGUUAAAGAAAAUCAAGAAAUGGAAAAUUCUAGUCUGUUUAGUACAAUAUCACAUGCAGCUCUAAGCUUUGCUAGUACUGCAUUUGUGUAUGCAAUUGGGUAUUGGCGUGUAGCUGCUGUCAGUACAUGGGUUUUAAUACCAAUAAUGACUUGUGUUUCCAUUGUACGGGAUCGUUGGCGUGAAGUUGGACAUAGAAGGCGUAGACGAGCACAAAUGAUUGCAUCAGCUGAUGAAAAAAAACUAAUAACAGCAAGUGUAGCUGAAUUACCUUCUUGGGUAUUCUUUCCUGAUAUGCAUCGCGCUGAAUGGUUAAAUCAAAUGAUAAAGCAAAUGUGGCCACUAGUCAGUGCCUUUACUCAAACUACUAUUAAACAAACUGUUGAGCCAAUGGUAGCUGAAAACUUGAGGGAAUAUAAUGUGAAUAGUUUUGCAUUUGAUAAGUUGCGUCUUGGCUCUAUACCUCCUAAGAUUGGGGGCAUUAAAGUUUAUGAGGGUAUUUCACGUGAUCAAAUUAUGAUGGAUGUUGACUUAAUAUUUUCUAGUGAUUGUGAUGUUUCUUUUGUUGUGAAAGGUGUUACAUGUGGGAUUAAAGAUUUCCAAUUGCGUGGAAUUAUGAGAGUAAUAAUGAAACCAUUGAUUGCUACUGCGCCAUUGAUUGGAGGAAUGCAUUUUUUUUUCUUGCAUCAACCUGACAUUGAUUAUGAUUUAGUUGGAGUAGCUGAUGUUUUAGAUAUGCCAGGUCUAAAUGAUGUACUGCGUAAAGUUAUUGCUCAACAAGUUUCAGCCUUAAUGGUCUUGCCAAAUAAAAUACCAAUUGUUUUGAGUAAUGAUGUACCUACUCACCAUGUGAAGUUACCUGAACCAGAAGGCGUUUUAAGAGUACACAUUGUACAAGCUAAAAAUUUGGUUGCUAAAGAUAUGAGUUUAAUGGGAAGAAAGGGAAAGUCAGACCCUUAUGUAAUUAUUACUUUGGGUGCUAAAGAAUACCGUACACCAACAAUAAAAAAUGAUUUAAACCCAAAAUGGGACUAUUGGUGCGAGUUUGUAUCAUUUUCUCCUAGAGGACAGUUGCUGAAACUUAAGUUGUUUGAUGAAGAUGAAAUAGUUGGAAAGAAACACUCAAAUCUGGGAAAAAUAUCGUUUGAAGUAUAUGGUGCAGUUCAUCUUGGUGAAGUAGACAAAUGGGUUAAUUUAGAAGAUACCAAGCAUGGAAUGGUACAUGUUCGAUUACAGUGGCUAGAAUUAACUUCUGAUAAAAGUGCAUUGAAAAGGGCAUUAAGUGAAACUCAAGAAUUGCGUGUAACAAACAUGAGCUCAGCAAUUUUAACACUGUACAUAGAUUCUGCUAUUAAUCUUCCUAAUGCAAGAUCUCAAAGUAAGCCUGAUCCAUAUGUAAAGAUUUCCAUAGGCCAAGAAUCCCAAAUAACAGUUUCAAAGUUACGGACAGAACGGCCUGUAUUUGAACAAGGUUUUACCUUUUUAGUCAGUAAUCCUGAAACUGAUACCAUAGAAUUUAAGGUAAUUGACCAGAAAACAGGUGUUCAAUUAGGAAUUUAUGAAUACAAGUUAACCAGAUUAUUUGUUUUUGGAAGUAUGGAACAAGAAAUGCAGCCUUUUGAUUUGAUAACCGAUAGUAAACAUAAACAUCAUGAUUGUAAACUAGUAUUUUGUGCUCAACUUAAGUUUCUUCAUAGAAAGCCCAAAGUAUUUUCUAACGAAGAUGCAAUAACUAAGCCAUUAUUAUUAAAACAAUCAUCAACAAUAUCUACAAAAUCAAAUAAUUCAAACAAUAGUUCAGGAAGUACAGAAAAUCUCCCUACUGUUACAAACCCCUCAAUAGAUGAGCCUUCUAUAAGUAGACCUUCCUCAAUUAUUGAAGAUGACUUAGAAGUACCACCUAUUGUUAUUGAACAAGAUCAAGAACUAGAAAUAAAAGAAACACAUGCAUCUUCUGAUAUAUCUGGACUAAAUGAUUCUUCUCACUGUCCUUUGGGUAGCAUUCAGUUAAGUUUUGAUUACAGUGUAGUUAGGCAACGACUUAAUGUAACGGUUCAUAAAGUUGUAAAUCUGCCCAUCAAAGAACCUUCAAAUAUUCCAGAUCCAUAUGUUAAACUUUAUAUAUUACCUAAAAAGGACAAUGCUAAUUCUAAACGCAAAACUGAAGCUUAUAAAGACCAAUGUAAUCCUGUUUUUGAAGAGACAUUUGAAUAUGUUUUGGGAAUUGCUGAAUUGAAUAGCAAACAAUUGGAAGUAACUGUAUUGACUAAAAAAACUUGGCAUAGUCCAGUCUUAGGUCAAAUUAUAUUGAAUUUAAGUGAUUAUGUUAAUCAAAAUUCAAUUAACUUCACUGGCUGGUUUGAUUUACAACCAGAAGCAAAAGAAGUUGCUUAAUUUUUAUCUGUUAAAUUUUAAAAUUGCUCUAUAAUUUAUUUGUGAUGCUUAAAUUAACCAAAUGAAAAAUGUACCUUAAUUUUAAUUAUUUUUGUGCAAUUAGAUUUUUAAGGCUAACAAAUUGUUGUAUUAAUUUUUGAUAACCUUUUAUUUAUGGACACAUGUCUGUUAUGUUCUAUGUAUUGUUUAUUAUUGUUCAAAUAAAUUAAACUCAUAUAUAUAUA